GACUAAGUUGAAGCGGGAGGAGAGAGCCCAUCCCGGCGAGGGAAAAGGGAAGGGAAGGGAAGAAGAGGAGGGUGGGGGAGAGAGAGAGAGAGAGAGACCAGCAGCCCCAGACCUCUGCGGCAGCAGGGACUGACCCCCGCAGCUUCUCCGGCCCCGUCCACCUCAUCCCUUCGCCUCCUUCCCGCUUUCCCCCGCUCUCUUCGUGGCCUUUGCCACCGUCGCUCGGCCAAACUUUCCCUCUUGUGUUCCCUUUCGCCGAAGUAAGCGGCGGCGGCGCAAAGCCCGGAGGGCUCCGAUCCUUGGCAAAUCCUCUCCCAGGGAUACAGCCCAGAUCCUAUUGCCAUUAGCAGGAGGCGCAUCAGAUAAGACCCACGCAGAAAUACAAGACACUCAGGCGCGUGCGCUCACACACACACACGCACACACACGGACGCAGAGAGGCUUCUUCCCAGCAAAGGGCGACGAAGCGCCGGAGCGCCGUUUCCCCUCGGCCGGGGGAGGCGGCGGAGCGGCGGGGGGACCAUGGCUUCUAGCUCGGCGCCGGCUGCCUGGAUCCCGCGGUGAGCCUCGCUUAUGGUGGCUUCCCCCGAGCGGCCAGCCCUGUCCCUCGCUUCUUUCUCCCGCGGUGCCCCCGCGCUUCGUCCGGGCCGGUCCCCCCUUCUUCUCCCAAGCGGAGGGAGCCGGGGCAGGGACUAGGCGGCUGCGAAGCCCCGGUGAAGGAGAGAAGGGAGAAAGAGGAGGAGGAGGAGGAGGAGGAGGAGAAGAAGAAGAAGAAGAAGACGCGGCGCCGGCGGACUCCGUUGGAUGAGUUUCUCCAUGCGAGAACCCGUGAUCCCUGGGACCAGUAUGGCUUACCACCCCUUCCUACCUCACCGGGCGCCGGACUUCCCCAUGAGCGCCGUUUUGGGACACCAACCUCAUUUCUUCCCGGCUUUGGCCUUGCCGCCCAACGGAGCUGCCGCCGCCGCCGCCGCUGCCCUUUCCCUGCCCGGCGCUUUGACCAAGCCGAUCAUGGAUCAACUGAUAGGAGCGGCGGAUUCGGGCCUCCCCUUUUCCACUUUGGGCCACCAAGCCGCGGCUCACUUGCGGCCUUUGAAAACGCUGGAGCCCGAAGAAGACGUGGAAGACGACCCCAAAGUCCACCUGGAAGCCAAGGAACUUUGGGAGCAGUUUCACAAGAGAGGCACCGAGAUGGUGAUCACCAAAUCGGGAAGGAGAAUGUUCCCACCUUUUAAAGUGAGGUGUACAGGUCUGGAUAAAAAGGCGAAAUACAUUUUAUUGAUGGACAUUGUAGCUGCGGAUGACUGUAGAUAUAAAUUCCAUAAUUCGCGGUGGAUGGUGGCUGGGAAAGCCGACCCCGAAAUGCCGAAAAGAAUGUAUAUCCAUCCGGAUAGCCCAGCAACCGGAGAGCAGUGGAUGUCAAAAGUGGUCACCUUCCACAAACUGAAACUGACCAACAACAUCUCCGACAAACACGGAUUUACCAUCUUAAACUCUAUGCAUAAAUACCAGCCUCGGUUCCACAUCGUCCGAGCCAACGAUAUCCUGAAGCUACCCUACAGCACAUUCCGCACUUAUGUCUUUCCGGAAACGGAAUUCAUUGCCGUCACAGCCUAUCAGAAUGAUAAGGUAAGAAAGGGGGCUGAGGUUGGAGAGGGAGCACGUGGGGAGGGUGUCCAGCGGCGUGAGCCUCAAAUAAGGUUUUGGUUUGAGCAGGAAGGAUUUGGAAGGUCUUCCCCGUACAGGUAUCGGCACCUGGCCUUCUUCGGUUCCUCUUUUUCCCCCCUUUUCUUCCUUCACCCGCUUCAAAAGAAAACCAGGAGUUAAAUAUCCUGCCGGAACAGGGGCCAUUUGGUCAAGCUCAUUAAAGAGGAGUGGGUAUUAUUAUGAGGAAGGGUGUUAAUUGGAUUUGCUGCUCUGUGCAUACCUUGGAUUGGGAACAGCCCAUGCCCAAAGCUUUCAGUUUCCUCCUUGAAGGAACCUUGGCCAUGGCGCCAAAAGAUAGCUUUGGUUUCCCAUUAAUUUUCUCAAUCCUUUCCUUUGAACUUCUUUUUUUGUUACCUGGUUGUGUGUAUAUGUGUGGUGUGUGUGGGGGGGGAUAUUUUCCUUUGGGUGGCAGUGAGGGAAGAAGCUGGCUUGGACAAUAUUUGGAAAGAUGGGAUAUGGGAUAAUAGCUGGGUGGGUGGGUGGCUUGGCGGGUUAGCUACGGAGAUCCCUUCUUUUCUCCCCGACUAUGUGCGAGAGAGGUGGAACUUGAAGAGCUUGAGGUAGCCUGAAAGGUCUGGGAAAGAAUGCAAUGUCUAACUGCCGGACCUUGGAGCUUUUAUUUGUUCAGUGGGUUUCUCUCGCUGUAAAUUAGCGGCUUGCCAUGGGCUUUUAUGAAGUGUUAGCAAGUUUGCAAAGAAGAAAGUUUGUUCCAGAAUGGAGGGAAGAAGGAAGGAACGAAAAGAGAGGGAACAGAGGGAUGGAUGGGUGGAAGGAAGGGAGGAAGGAAGGGAGGGGGAAGGGAAGAAGGAAGAAAGGAAGGAAGGAGGAAGGGAAGAACAAAGAAGGAAGGGAAGUUGGGAGGAAGGAAGGAAGGCAGAAAGGAAGGGAAGGGAAGGAAGGAAGGCUUAUUUAAUUGCUUUCACUGCCUUGUGGUGUGUGGAAUUCAGAGCCAACCUGCCUUCUGGAUCAAAAUGGCAGCAGGUUUGCAAAGAAAUUGCGGGGAGACUGAAAAGAGGCAGUUGUGAAGUCCGAGGUUUGUCAGAUUUUCUCUUUGUGAAAGCAGAGCCCAGUGCAAGCCAAUGCUUAGAUAGAAUAAGAAGAAAUGGGGAGAAGAGGGAAGAAAUAGAGCCAGUUCCUCCCAAGAUAGGCUUCUCACGCCUUGGUCUCUGGUUGCUUGUCUGGAGCUCCUUUGCAGAAGGGUGGAAUUGAACAGGUCUUCACCUGUCUGAAGGUGCCGGGACUUACUUAAGACCUCCUCUCCAGUAGACCCUUCUCCUGCUCUUUGGCCAAGCCAAAAGUCUGAAAGGUCUACAAAUUGAAGCAAACAAAGACAUUGAUUUUCAGAAGGUGGCAAGAGCCCUGGGUGUUCUUGGUUCACACUCUAGAAAG